AUGAAUAAUUCAACAGAGAAAUCUAAUUCCAAUAAUUCCAAUAAUUUAGAAAAAUAUGAAAGUCUACUUAAACCCAAUUUGAGCAUAGAGGAAGUACCAAUAUCUUUGGUACCAGAUCCAGAAAUUAAUCUCCCAGAAAGCCAAUUUCAAUUAAUAGACAUAUUACAUACAGUUAUUUUGAUAAUGACUCUUAUUAUAUUGAUUAUGGUGCUCAAUAUCCAUGCAGCAGCUGCACCUUGGAAUGUGAACCAGUAUGUAUAA